GUAGUCGGCGGCGCCGCCGGAGAGGAGCGGCUUCGGAAGGCCGUGACGUCACGCGCGGCACACCGAUCCCAGCAUGCUCAGUACACUGUGCAUGUCCGCCAUACUGUGCCAGUGGCUGGCGAGACGGUCACCGAGUUGGCCUACUGGGUCGCAGCGAAGUUUUUGUUGUACGGCCUGAUGCAGUGCUCGCCCUUCGAAAUUAAGGAUAAGUUGUUGAAAGCAUUAGACGAGGACAACAAUGUGGUCGACAUGGCUGCAGUCAUCGAGGUCAUCGGCAUGCUGGAGCGUACGCCCAUCACCAAGGACACGCUGGAGCGUACGCGCCUUGGGAAGUACAUCAACGAGCUGCGCAAGCGCACAAGCAAUGACUCCUUGGCCCGGCGGGCGAAGGAGUUGGUGAAAAGCUGGCGGCGCCUGCUGCCCUGCGACCAGCAGCAGACUCCCAAUGGGGGGGGUCCGCCAGUCGUUGUGGGGCCGGGUCCCGGUCCGGGCAUUGGGCCCGGACCGGGACCCGGCCUGCUGUCGGGCCCACGUCGUAGUCCUAGCUGUUCAAGUGUAUCCAACAGCCCUGUGCCACCGUCGCUUCUGGCAGCUGCUGCAGCCGUGACUACGGCGGGUGCGGGCCCCGGCCUUGGGCCUCGCCGUAAUGGUGGCUUCAAGCCCGUUAGUCCUGCAUGCUGCCCUUCGGCGCCAUGCUCCCCAGGCUCACCGCUGGCCCACCCGCACCCACGCAGUCCCCCGCCCAUGGAGCCGGUUGCGAAGAACAAUGUAGCCAACAAACGACUCAGGAAAUCUGUCGCAUCCUCAGAUGGACCGGCAGACAGUGCAAAGAAAGUGGCAUGGUCUCCGCCCAACGGUGUGCAUCCCUGGGACCCCAUCCCGAGCGGAAACUCUGCCUUCGAGACCGUGCGAAACCGUAUGGCCUGCACCAGCACGACAUCUCCACGGCUGCCAAAGGUCAAAACAACGCAGCAGCUCAUAGCUGACCUGAAAGCCAAGAGUGGGCUCAGCCUAGAUGGCGGCACUGCAGCCGCCGCCGCGGUGGCAGCCGCUGCGUCAGCCACGCCGCCGCCCUCUUCCUCGCGGCCCAAGCGUUCUGGCAACUACAGCCUCCUGGGCACAGACGACGAGACGAGCCGCACCAAGUCAGAGUUGAUGGACCGCUUCCUAAAGUCAUCGGUCCCCAACGGGCCGUCCCCUGCCUCUCCCACAAGCGCCAAAAGCGGGGUGUCGGGCGAGGUGGCGGCCAUCUUGAGCGCCCUGCCCGAAAUCGGGCCGGAAGUGGAGCUCGAAGAAGAGGAAGUUCCAGUUGUGCCGUUAGAGGUGACGCCCGAGGUGGAGGAACGCUUUGCGACCCAGAAGUGGCCAUUUGUCAACGGAGUGUACGACCAUGAGGGACAGUGGCGGGGCUGGCAUGAAGUGACCACAGGGCGUUCAUAUGGGGGGGACCUUCUUCACAUGUUGCCUUAUGUAAAUAUAGACUGGUGACCCAGGGGUCGCAUAACGAAGGGGGGGACAUAAGGGAGGCACAUUCUUUUUGGCCUGUGAUCUACGUGGAUAGGUGGUGUGCGCACAUGUAGUGCCACGUUGCAUAUUGCCUUCCCUCCCCCUCUUUUUUUAGUCAUGAACAGUGCUCGUGGACAUCUUUUCUUCCACCAUCACCUCCAGGUGGCGGAGGAGUAAGGGGGGUGUUAUAAAUGAGUUUUUUUUUUCGUUAUUUUUGGUGCCCCCUCUGGAAUAUAGACUAAGUUUCUGUUGUUGGAUGUAAAAAAAAAAAGUUAUUCAAUGUCACAAUUUCAUUAAUAUAUUGGGUGCAUAAAACUUGCCAGCAACAUGUUGGCACAAGCUUUUUUUGUUUAGGUUUGCAUGCAGGGUUUGCUGCCACUUGUGUUGAGCCCUCUCCUAAGCAGAUGCAUCGACUCAUCGUCACACUUUUUUUUCAAAUUUUUCAGUGCCUGCCACUGCUUUUAAGUUCUUCCCUUGGGCGUUCGUUUUGGUGUAGAAAAAAAUGCACAGGUUGUAAUGUGGUUGCCAAGUGCCAUUAAGCAGCAGUGCCAUCGAGGGUGUGUGCGUCAGGCCCUGUGGCCUCUUCUGGUCCCUGGGGUUUGGAAUGGAGGUUUUUUGGACGCGUGUGCUUUUACGUCGGGUGAACAGAGUUUUGUGUUGGGCCGGCAGGGGCCGUUUGCCUGUUGGGGCCCCCGCUGCCUCGUUUUGACCAUCAAGACAGCCGUGCUUCGUUGCAACAUCAAAGGAAAAAAACAAGAAAAAAUGCGCCAGGUGGAACAAGUGCCUCGCCAUCGGCUCUUGACCUUGCCGGCACGUGUGCUUGGUUGCAAGGUGCAAAAGGGAGUCUGUGCAAACAAUCGUCUGGACUGCUUCUCCUUUUCGUGUGGCAGUGCAUUUUGUAGUUAUUCCCGAAAAAAAAAAAAAAUGCUUGGAAGCAAAAGUUUUUUUUUUCCUAGGAAAUAAAACUGCCAUGUGCGCACAUGGGCAUGUUUCUGUAGCAAGUGGAA